AUGGCCUCGCCGGCGACGCCGAGGCCGGCGCUGAUCCGGCCGCGCGCCUCGCGCAGCCGCUCCCAGUUGGGCGCCGUCAGCCUCGCUUCCGACCACGCCGCCGCCACGGGCUCCUCCGGCCACCGCCGCGACUUCGUCUUCGUCGUCAACCCCUCCGGCGCCAAUGGCCGGACGGGCAAGCAGUGGAAGCAGCUGCUCCCCCUCCUCCGCACCCGCCUCGCCGACCAAUGCAACCAGAUUUGCGAGUGCAUCACCUCGGGCCCGUCGCACGCCAUAGAUGUCACGAGGGAGGCUAUAAAGGAUGGCGCUGAUGCUGUGAUCGCCGUUGGCGGGGAUGGGACACUUCAUGAGGUGGUGAAUGGCUUCUUUUGGAAAGGAAGCCCGGUCCGUGCUCUUGAUCGAGGGCCUGAUCACUUGACGGCACUUGGUCUCAUCCCACUUGGAACCGGCUCAGACUUUGCUAGGACAUUUGGCUGGUCAAAUGAUCCCCGUCAGGCGAUUGAUCGAAUUGUGAGAGCAGGAGUUAAAUCAAAACUAGACAUUGGCAUGAUGGAAGGUCCAAAUGGAGAUCCACAUUUCUUUAUAAAUGUUGCUGAUAUCCAUCUGAGUGCCAAGGCAGGUUAUUUUGCUUCUAUGUACAAGAGAUUUGGCAACUUAUGUUAUGUUCUGGGAGCUCUAAGAGGCUUUUGGGGACAUAGUAAUCGAGAUUUGAGAAUAAAGGUGAAUGGAGGAGAAUGGAGAACAGUUGAUAAAGUCACUGCUCUAUGCGUAGGAAAUGCCAAGUACUUUGGUGGUGGCAUGAAUAUUACUCCAACAGCUGAUCCUUUUAGCGGUGACCUUCAGGUUGUUAUUCUACAAGAUUUCAAGUGGUACACUUUUCUUCUUAAGCUACAUAGGCUGUAUGGAGGCACACAUUUAACGGUGAAUGGCGUGUCAUCAAUAAGGGUUCAAUCAAUUGAAGUGGCAGAAGUGGUGCCUAACGGCGACGUCUUUGUGCAAUCUGACGGGGAGCAUUUUGGUUUUCUUCCGACCAAAUUCUCAGUUCUGCCUGGUGCAGUAGAUUUCUUCAGCUAG